AUGACUAACCGCUAUAUCGGCAUUUUGAACGAGCAAAUUACUGCGUCCUCCUGGUUUUCUUUGCAGACUAUGCCUUAUUACGGUCGACUACAUAUAUCCGAGGCCUUUUUUUACGAUCCCGCUGCCCGUGCAUGGGUAGCAAGAAACAACAACGACAAGCAGUGGAUUCAAAUUGAUCUUCGCAAAAGGACAAUCGUAACGUCGGUAGCGACUCAAGGACGUCAAGGUGCAAGGGAAUGGGUCCAGGACUACUAUAUUUUUUACUCGGACAUGGAUGUACCUGUACAGUGGGCAGUCGUUAAAGAUUCCCUUGGGGAACCACAGUUGUUUGAUGGAAACACAGAUGACAAUACAGUGAAAUUGGUGAAUUUUUCCCAACCUAUUGUGGCUAGAUACGUAAGACUCAAUCCCCAGCGCUGGAAUGGACUCAUAGCCCUUCGUAUGGAGCUUUUUGGAUGCGAAUAUCAUCCAUUUACCGUUCGUUUUGAUGGACAAACCUGGAUUGAGAUGCUUCUUGAUCAACCAGGAAGGGAAACGCAAACUGCAGUCGAUCUGUUAAGAUUUCGCUUUCGAACGCCCAAAGUCAAUGGUCUAAUAUUCUACGGUGACGACAGUCAGAAUGACUACUUUGCAGUUGAACUAUUCCGAGGUCGUCUCCAGGUUUCCAUGGGUCUUGGGACCUAUCCUUGGACAACAGAAAGGAUGGGAAACGUCGUAGUAGCAGGGAGUCUACUAGACGAUGAGCAAUGGCAUGACGUCUCUAUCAUUAGAACGGGAAAAAACCUCAACAUUUCUGUGGAUGAUGUCUUAGUAAUGCAGGUGUAUAUCGGCGGUGUGCCUAGUUUCUCCAACAAGCGCAGUGUCACCGUGACGGAGAACUUUGCCGGCUGCAUUGAGGAGUUCAAUUUCAAUGGGGUGCAGGUUAUCCGUGACACCUUGCGUUCGAAACCGGGGCUCAUCAUGACAGAGGAUAUCUGGUCGAAGGUGGAUUGGUUGGACGCUCUCGGUUACCCACCGAGGGACCCCUUGCUCUGGUGGGGACCCCCAACCACUACUCAGCAGCUCAACAUUAGUGGAUUUGCAAUUGGUGGCAAUGGUGUGUUGUUGCAGGACUGCCUACCACCAACUGCAGACCCCACAGUUAUCACGUUUCCUCGAAUUGAGCAGUCUCUGGUUUUUAUUAAGGUCGAACGAAGUGGGGAAACCAGCAAGGUGACCUUUUCAAUGAGCUUUCGCACCUUCAACAAAGGUGGAGUACUAUUCUAUCAUACCGUGGACAAUGAUAAGAACUUUAUCUCGUUCGAGAUGGAAGAUGUAUACGGUCAUCUAAUGGUGGAGAUAAUUCUGCCAGGGGUGAAUCCGAUCCGCUACACAAUGCCCAACGAGGAUUUGGCAGCGCUCAACGGAACAUUUGCUGAUGGACUGUGGCACUCGGUGUACUUCGAGAUGAGCCAGACCUCGGUUCGCACUGUGGUUGAUGGACGUGAAUAUACUACACAGCAGACGUUUUUGGAACCGCUUCACUUCGAAAAGAUUUUCUACAUUGGCGGCGGCCGUCCACAACGGUUCAGCUUCCAGGGCUGUAUGCGACAGAUCAGUGUGAACGCGCAGGAGGUGGUCUGGUCCAAACUUGACCCCGAGAGUCGCUCCAACGAAAUUGUAAACGGAAGUUGCCUCAUCACCGAUCGCUGCAGCCCAAAUCCAUGUAAGCACGAGGCCCCCUGCACGCAGAAUGGUGAGACAUUCUUCUGUGACUGCACUAACACUGGAUACUCGGGUGCCGUAUGCCAUCAGAGCGAAUACUUCACCUCCUGCUCGGAAGUUGGCUUGUUCUACGGUCAGGUGGCGCCGCAGCUGCGUGUCAUAAUUGAUUUAGAUGGUUCUGGUGUCCUAGAUCCAAUCACCGUGCUAUGUGACUUCACUGAUAGAGGGAGUCCGGAAACACGCAUUGAACAUACGGAUGUGGAAUUCAUAUCAGUGGAUGGAUUUCAGAAUCCUGGGUCGUACAGCAGAACGCUAAACUAUGGGAGAGCUUCAAGGGCUGUUCUAUCAGAGCUAACACGUCGAGCUGUCUACUGUGAACAGUCUGUUGCAUAUAGGUGCUGGAAUGCUAAACUCCUGGCGAAACCACAGGGUAAGGCUGGCUUUGGGGACGGGACGGAAUUGACAUGGGGCUGGUGGGUGAGUAGGACAGGUCGUCCGCGGUACUACUGGGGCGGCGGUGUACCAGGGCUGAAGAUGUGUGACUGUGGAGUACACGGCACCUGCACCGGCAACUCUCUCACCUGCAACUGCGACGGCAACGGCUCCGACGCCCCGCCUCUUGUCGACACUGGGCUUCUCACCUUCAAAGAGGAUUUGCCCGUCUGGGAGGUGCGCUUUGGUGACACUGGCACUCUGGCGGAUCAGAAGCGAGCGGAGUACAGCAUCAAUGAUAUGCGUUGCAACGGAGACCGCUUCUUUGACAACACCGUUACAUUCGUUAAAUUAGACGCUAACCUCGAACUGCCAUCUAUCUUCGCCGAGUAUGAGUUUGACAUGAGCUUCCUCUUUAAAACAACCAUUAAGGACGCCGUGCUAAUGCAAAAUGUAGGCAGAAAGUCCGGUCACUUUUUUGAGCUGCGGAUCAGGAGCGGAAUUGCUUUCCGCUUUGCCUUCAACGUUGGCAAUGGCCUGCAAGUUCUCGAAGUAACUACAGCUUAUUGGCUCAACAACAACCAAUGGCAUGUAGUCCGAUUAGAGCGCAAUCGGAAGGAGUCACGACUCAUUGUCGACACAAAUCCCGCCAAAGUGCUCGUUGAGCCGCAUGAGCGCUCUUUCCUCAUGUUCAACUUUGACCAACCACUCUUCGUUGGGACCACACAGGCCUUCACUGAUGGGUACGUCGGGUGCAUAUCGAACCUCCUGGUGAACGGAGUGAUUCAGGAUAUUCGUGGGAUCGUCGAGAGGGGAGAGACGACUUACGGAGUGCGACCUGGUUGCCAACCGAAGUGUGACACGAAGCCUUGCCUCAAUCGCGGAGUGUGCAAUGAAUUCUACUCCCACUACUACUGCGAGUGUGGACUCACGCCUUUUCGCGGAUUCAUCUGUGGUCGAGAGGUUGGUGGCACUUUCAGCAAUGGUCCAAUGGUGAAAAUUGACUUGUCCAGCAUGGGUGAUAGUUUUGGCACAUUGGAGGAGUACAUAACGGUGGGUUUCAAGUCGAAGUCUAAGAGAGGGAUUCUCAUGCAGAUGUUAGGCGAAGGCGAGACGAAUUACAUCAUCGUGCGGGUGAACAAUAACGGUGGAAUUACCAUCGAGUUUGAUGUGGGCUUCGGUCGCUUCGAGGUGACCACCGACUACAUUGUCGACUUAUCUAGUGGUCAGCACCACACAGUUAAGGCCUGGCGGACGCACAUUGGCCAGGUGUGGCAUCUUCAGGUCGACGACUAUCCGGAAAUCGUAAAGGACUUUAGACCCAUUCUAUCAGAGACAGCGGACACGAGACUGGACAAGCCUAGAUUCCUCUUUCUCGGCAGGAACGAUUCAAUGCUUCAAAGUAGUGGUUUUGACGGCUGCAUGUAUGGGGCUCAGUGGAAUAAUCUUUUCCCUCUUCGCAUGAUCUUUGAGGAUCCAAAGAAUCCUAAUACGUACUGUGGUUUUGAGGAGAUAUUGCCAGUUCCCGAGCCGGUUGAAGUUCGCCCGCCCAUUCCGUUCCCUCCCAACUUAACACUCGUUGGCACGAUUGAGGAUCUUACUCGACAGCGCAUGAUUUUUGGAAUUGUGGGAAGCCUGUUGGCUUUUUGCAUACUGGCCCUCCUCAUCGUAUGCUGCCGGAAGUUCACUCUGAAGAAGGGCAACUACCGGACAAUGGAAGCCAAGCAAGUGGCGGACAAUGUGAGCACCGUAGAUGAAGCCCUGGCCGCUCCCACUGCAGAUCUUCCCGAGGCUCGAACGAGCCGAGAGUGGUGGCUCUGA